GGUAGAAAGCUGUAGUUGUAGCUGAGAUAAACAUUAACGAGGAAGGCUUGACCGGGAUAGUUUGCUCGUUGUCUUGUUUUUUUACCUAACGUGUAUGGAUAUGUUUUCCUCUAAAUUUACUUUUUAAAGAUCUUGGACACAAACUGCAAAGGACAUGUUUUAACAGCAGGGGGAGAGCGCAUGCAGCAAAUUAUGUGGUCUGUCUGCCUCUGACAGCCGAAGGCCCGCACAGUGGAUCGUUCUUUCCGGGGUUCAAACAACAAGUCUAAUGUGCUUCAGGAGAGUCGAGGACCAUCGAUGAUAAAUUACUAAAAUAUUUAUAUGUAACGUUUGCAGUAACAGCAGGCCCCACUGCCUUUCAGGAAGAAGCACAGUGCGGCAAGACAAAAAGGAGUUCAGUGAACUAUCGUUACUACAACGGCUAACAGUUCGCAGCUAAAUAGUUAGCCACGGCCGCACACAGGUAUGUCUGAAGUUAGUCUUGAGGCUGAAGCGGGGAAGACCUCAGCCGGGGACUCUCAAAUGGAUUUUGAGGAGGCUGACAAAGCAGAAGAGAGUUUGAGGGAGGAUGUAAAACAGGCGAGUGCAGACAACAGUAGGGGAAGACAUGACGUAGAUGAUGUGCUGUAUGACAUUGAUAUUGACAGCGCUGAAGAAAAUGCAGAAAACGGUGACAAGGCUAUUCGGGAGGAGGAUGAGGGCAUUCAGAGAGAGAGUGUGGUGAAGACAUGCAGUGGCAGUGACGCUGCACACUUGUCUGACAGUGUAGAAAAUGGGGGACACGAGACAAAUCGUCACGUUGAAACCGCUGAAACGCCAGAGGAAAGUGGAGAUUCUCACACUGAAACAAAGCAAGGCACAAUGGCUGAGGAGUCCCAUAGAAGCUCAGCCGCUGAGAUCUCAGUCACCAGCAACGGAGAUCUGGAUCAGAGCCCUGAGACCGUAUUCCAGAGGGACUCCUACCCCAGUGUCCCCAGGGCCCUAAAUCUUUCAGAGUCUUGUGUCACCUCCAGCAACUUUGCUUCAACAACGGAGGGCAUCAUCGAAUCAGGACCAUACAAAGGGUCAGCCAGCCUGCCCACGUCACCAGUGACACCUCUAGCUCCCAGCUCGGCUGUUGCUAGCCGCCUGGCGCGCUCUUCCAGCGAUAGUCAGGCUGAGAAAGGCGAGAUGAAUGCACAGCCAAUGAGUGGAGCGGUGGUCCUUUCAGAGGACUUGAAGAGCCCAGCGAUGGAAAAACUGGACCUAGUGAGAAAGUGGAGCAUCAACACAUAUAAAUGUACCAGGCAGAUCCUGUCAGAGAAGCUGGGUCGAGGCUCGAGGACCGUGGACCUGGAACUGGAGGCUCAGAUCGAUGUCCUCCGCGACAACAAGAGAAAAUACCAGAAUGUAAUCAAGCUGGCUCAGACGCUGGCCGGUCAGCUGUCCCAGAUAAUGCAGACGCAGAGGCAGCUGGGCGACGCGUUCGCUGACCUCAGCCUCAAGUCACCAGAACUGCACGAGGAGUUUGGUUACAACGCUGACACCCAAAAGCUUUUGUCCAAAAAUGGAGAGGCACUGCUGGGUGCCAUCAACUUUUUCAUCUGCAGUGUGAACACACUCGUGGACAAAACAAUCGAAGACACCAUGGUUAAUAUCAAACAGUAUGAAUUUGCCAGGGUUGAGUAUGACGCGUACCGUACAGAUUUGGAGGAGUUGAAUCUGGGGCCACGUGACGCCGCCACCAUGCCCAAGAUUGAGCACUGCCAGCAGCAGUUCCAGAUCCACCGCGAGAAGUACGAGAGGAUGCGGAACGACGUCUCCGUCAAGCUGAAGUUCCUGGAAGAGAACAAGGUGAAGGUAUUGCAUAACCAGCUCAUCCUGUUCCACAACGCCAUAGCUGCGUACUACGCUGGAAACCAACAGCAGCUGGAACAGACACUCAAGCAGUUCCACAUCAAGUUGAAAAUGCCAGGUGGGGACAGUCCAUCUUGGCUGGAAGAGCACUAAUCACUACUUUCAAAGCCACAGUGGCUCAGUUUGACAGGAAAUGUCAAAAUCUACAGAAACUACAGGAAAGAAACUUCAACUCUACUGUCGCUGCCUUUCAAACUUUCUGAACUGUAAAUCUUUCAAUUCAGUACAAAAAAGGAAAAAAAAAAAAUCC